AUGUCCAACACCGAUUUUCUAGGCAGGGCUAUCGAACAAGUGCGUAAGGCAAUUGAGGCUGACAAUUCUGCUGAAUAUGAAAAGGCGUAUCAGCUCUACUACUCCGCCUUGGAAAUGUUCAUGUUAGCGCUCAAAUGGGAGAAGAACCCAAGGUCAAAGGAGAUGAUUCGCCAGAAGACUACCGAAUACAUGGACCGUGCAGAAAAAUUGAAAUCACACCUGUCUGAUGUCGAUGCCAAGCGAAAAAAACCGGGCAUGGUCGGUGCAAACGGAGCUUCGACGGCCGGUACUGGCAAAGGCAAACAGGGCGGAGAGGACGCUGGCGGCGACGGCAUUGACGAGGACAGCAAAAAGCUACGCAGUGCAUUGGCUGGAGCUAUCCUACAAGACCGCCCAAACGUGAAAUGGGAUGACGUGGCCGGUCUGGAGGCUGCUAAGGAAGCGCUGAAGGAGGCUGUUCUGCUGCCUAUCAAAUUCCCACAUCUCUUCCAGGGCAAGCGGCAACCAUGGAAAGGCAUAUUGCUAUAUGGUCCACCGGGGACAGGCAAAAGCUAUCUUGCCAAGGCCGUAGCUACGGAGGCCAAGAGUACGUUCUUCAGCGUCAGUAGCUCUGACCUAGUCAGCAAAUGGAUGGGCGAGAGUGAAAGGUUAGUCAAGCAGCUUUUCAACAUGGCCCGCGAAAAUAAACCGUCUAUUAUAUUUAUCGAUGAAGUCGAUGCGCUAUGUGGCCCUCGUGGCGAGGGCGAGUCCGAAGCGUCACGGCGCAUUAAGACCGAGAUGCUCGUCCAGAUGGACGGCGUCGGCAAAGAUAGCACGGGUGUGCUCGUCCUCGGUGCUACCAACAUUCCCUGGCAGCUCGAUGCCGCGAUUCGGCGUCGUUUCCAACGUCGAGUUCAUAUCAGCUUGCCCGACCUUGCUGCCCGCACAACCAUGUUCAAGCUUGCUGUCGGCGAGACACCUACUACUCUGAAAUCCAACGACUACCGCGAACUAGCAAAGCUCGCAGAAGGCUACUCUGGCUCUGAUAUCAGUACCGUCGUCCAGGAUGCACUUAUGCAGCCUGUUAUGCUCGAUGGCAAGCGGAAGUUGACUCCCUGUUCACCAGGGGAGCCAGAUGCCGACGAGAUGACUUGGGAUGAUAUCGGACAGGACGAAUUACUUGAGCCGACAGUAGAUUUAAAGGACUUUAUAAAGGCUAUCAAAGCCAGCAGGCCAACAGUAUCCAAAGAAGACUUAAAUCGAAACGCAGAAUGGACAAACGAGUUUGGCAGCGAGGGCGCAUAA